ACAUCACAAUAUGGACUCGGGCUUACAAAACUUGUGAAGAUACGUAUUGGAAUGGGUCUUCUGCGCACACGCCAACAGCGUCAUACUGUUGCCAGUAUUCACGAAGCUAUGAUUGAUCUUCGAGAGAUGUUAUCCCAAUGCAGGUGCCUGGGAGAUGGUUAAUUUGCUCUUUCAUGAGCAUGCCAUGAGUGUUUUGAGAAAUGUUGUGAUAGCAUACUUUUCAAAGUACGAGGUUGACCUUGUCCGCCAGCGAAAGGCUCGUAGGCUCCAGAGACAACAGUUUUGGGCAGCAGGAGUCAAUGACUUGUUCGCUGUCGAUCAGCAUGACAAAUGGCUUAGGUUUGGACUUGCAUCACAUACUGGCAUCGAACCGUUUACUGGGCGCAUUAUGUGGAUGAGAGUGUGGCAUUCAAACCAAAAUCCACAACUCAUCCUAACUUACUACCUUGAGACCAUCCAGGAACUUGGUCAUAGGUUUUUCUUUAUGAGUUUUUACCAUAAUGCCAUUGAUGUUGUUAUUACAGACAUGCCUAUGGUCACACAGAGUGACCCAGGAUCGGAGAACUUUGGUAUUGCUAAUGCACACACCAUGCUCCGUCAAUGGCACAAUCUGACACUGCAAGGCACCCUGAAACACCGCUGGAUGUGUAUGAAGAAAAACGUCAUGCCAGAAAUCACGUGGUCUCAAUUACGACACCGGUUCACUCCAGGCUACGAGAAUUACUUAGACAGCGGUGUGGAUGCUGGUUGGUAUGACUGUGGCAAUGCUUUGCAACGCUUAAUAUUUCGAUGGAUAUUUAUUCCAUGGCUCCAACGUGAACUUGAUGGGUACAAGGACCGUAUAAACAACACCGCAAAGCGACAUGAUCAAAACAAGGUGCUCCCUCGUGGGGUGCCGAACCUCAUUUAUGAUUCACCAGGAGACUUCGGGGUGCUUGAUUUCAGAAUCAUUCUUGAACCAGGUGCUAUAGGCCGAGCUCGUAAUCUCAAUCUCAAUCUCAAUCACGCUGUCUUUGAGCUUGUCCCUCGAGACUUUGGUGAUUUCAUACAUCAGUGCUAUAAUGAGCUUGGCCACCCUGUUGUUGAUCGCCGCUCAGCAUGGAACGUCUAUUUGGACUUACACCAGAUCAUCUCUCGACUUUAUAAGCAGUUGCCACCAGUGGUGCUCCCCGAUGACAAUCUGAACGAUGAUUUCUUGCCGCUCUUGGAAAACCACGAAGACUUGGCAUUUCGCGACGGGAAUGAUGGGGCCUAUUAUAUGGGCGGUGUAGGAGGGGGAUUGGGCCUUGGUGUGUUUUCUCCGUGCAUGCAACAUUAAAAAGACCUGACUUUGUUGUAGAUGAAUCUCAUUCAUGACAAUUG